AUGUCGGAUUCGGCCGCAUCUGCAGCAAAAUUGUGUGGCAUUAAUGAAUAUGAUAAUAUCACAUUAAUUAUACACCUGGCCUCUGCAAAGCCUGCAGGUCAGGCAAGAAGUAGACAAGACGAGCGUUCAAGCUACCUUCAGUUAUGGGUGCGGGAGAUGACCUCAACCGUCUCCCGUCCACUAUUCCUCUCUCCCCUUGGCCUGAUCCGGUUUGAUUUGGGGGCCGCAUGUGCAAACAGCAGAGCGAUUGAAGACGUCGGUGACCUUAAAAUGUAA